GAAGGUUUCUCAUAAAAGGUUUUGCUUUGGAACAGUGUUUUUUAAACUUUGUUGUAAUUUGGUUCGUUGGCUUAUGAUUUCACUAUUUGAUAUGUAAAUCUCAGAUGCUAAUGGUAUGUUGAUGGAUGUGAAUUACAGUUGAAUUGGUAUAUAUAUUACGAUAGAAUGGAACUAGGCGAUGAAGUCAGUGUUAAAAUCAAGAGUGCCAUCCGGGCAAGGUUGAAGGAACUUGGUAUUGUAUGGGACCGGGAGUUACCUGAUUAUGUGAUGGUGUUGAUUGCCAACAAGAAAUCAAGAGAACAGAUGGAAAACGAUUUGACAAUAUUUCUCGGGUCUCACACUGCUGGAUUUACUGCUUGGUUGCAUAAUGUCCUUAAGAAACUAGAGGAAUGCACGACAUAUUGGGGACUCACAAAAAAGAAAGAGGAAGAGAAGAAGUCAAAGUCAAAACGUAGGCCCUCUGAUGAAAAUCAUCAAGAAACUAAAAAGCUAAAAGGUAUAGACUUUAAAUCUGAUGACAACAUCGGUGAUGCAACUAGUAAUUCAGGAUCUGAAGACGCCAUUUCUAACCAUCUGUCUCCAGUGAGAAUUGAUGAAGGAGUGGAUUCAGAUGUUUCUGAUUGCUCUGCACCUACACUAGCAUUGUCAGAUAUGACAUUAAGUUUGUCAGUCAACCACUCCAACAAUAUCGAAAAGCUGGAUACUAAUUUGAAUCAUACAGAAAAGAAGACCCUGGAGGAGAGCUCAGAACAUCAGAGCAGAUUAGAAAAAGAAGAUACAGCACGGGUAGUAGAGAGACCUAAACCUAAAGAGAAAAUAGAAAUAAGCUGGAGUGGUGAAAGUACCAUUGACCCAUUGCACUCUUCUCCUGUUAAAAAAAACAGUUCAAAGGUUAAUAUAGAAAGAAAUCAGAGCAGGAGCAAAAGCAGAAGUCGAAUCAAUAACCAACAGGGAUUUGACCAAGGUGAUCACGUUUCAGUGUUGAAGAGAACUUUCAUGAAAGAGAAUCUACGCAAAGAGGAAGAGAAAAGACCUUAUAGAGAUUCAAGAGGUAUUUUCAGAAGAAAGAAUUCUGAAGAAAGGAGAAACGGAUAUGACAUGAAUUCCAGAACAAUAGGAAAAAUUCGUAGUGAAAAGGAUAGAAAUUUAAGGAAUAGAUCUCGCUCAAGUGAUAUGGAGGUUGACAAGCUGCCAAGCCUUGUGAAAGUAACACCUAGGCCAGUUCGUCAUCCAGCCAUGCAGCCCUCUUCAAACCUGAUUCUUAAAGCUGUUGCUGAAGCUCAAAAGUCUAUUGCUACCUCUUCACUGCCGCAACCAGAUGACAAGGUUGAGAAGAAGGAGCAAAAUAGGGUGGCACGAAAAGCUGUUUAUCGGAAGAAAAAUAUUCCAGUCUUUCAGAGAGAAAACAUCUCAGUGACAUUAUUAAAUGAUCGUGUUAUUGCUGACAAAAUAAGAGAAGAAGAUGGGGAUUCUCUCAUGUUUGAAAAUAACAUUAGAAAACAUGAAAAUCAAUUGAAUGAUGGGCCAGAAGUCGAGAGAUUUACCAUAUCCUUACUCUCUGAUGACAAUGAUAGCCUCAUUGCUUCAGAUAUUGAAGAUGCAUGUGAGCAGAAAGUAUCUACGGAAGAAAACUACAGUGAAGCUGAACAGAAUGUGGAACCUAUCAACGAACCAAUGGAUAUCAGUUCCACUAUGAUUGUUGAAGAGAACACAGAUGAAUCUGAUGUAAGAGAUUUUCAUGGGCAAAGAUUUGAUCGUAGACGCCUCGGCCCUAGAGUAGUUCCAGAUGCUGAUACUGUUUUAAGUUGCCUUGCUCCAGUUGAUGAUUACAUAACAAAAACAAUUGUGAACGAAAAUGUGUAUGUAUCUGCUGAUAGUAAAACUGACGAAAAUGGGAAAGUGAUCAAGUGUAAAUUUUGGCCCUCUUGUGAAGCAGGAAACGAUUGUAGGUUUUAUCACCCUAAAGAAUAUUGUAGAACUCUUCCUAAUUGUAAAUUUGGCCAAAAAUGCUUGUAUUACCAUCCACCCUGCAAGUUCGCAGAUAAAUGUUUAAAUGUAACCUGUCCUUACACUCACACUCCCGUUGCUGCCCCUACCAUCAAAGCCAAAAUAUGGGCUAAAGUUCCUUUGGCACCUUCAAAUGGUCAAAUUUGCAUGUAUUACCCUAACUGUAAGAAGCCAUUUUGCCCUUAUCAGCAUAGCUAUUCAGCAGCAACCAGCAUUCCUUGCAAAUUUGGGAUCAACUGUACAAAAGGUACUUGCGAGUUCGACCAUACUCAGCUUGCUAAAAAUCCUUAUAAAUGGGUCAAUCAAAAUGCAGAAUGACUCCUGUGGACUUUUUUAUAAUAGUAAAGGAAUUGUAUAUAGUCAGAUGGAGUCAGUUUUUAAUUGUUAGUCCAUUUUAUGUUUUAAGUUUUUAUCUUUUGUUUAUUUUAUGUAUGAGUCAAAUAUUUAAAAUUCUUUGUAUAUAAUUUUAAUUUUAUUAUUUUUUCAGUUUAUAUUUAUUUUUAGGGAACAAAAUGAAGAUUUAGUGAAUUUUUGUUUUUUACUUCUAUAUGAUAGGUUAAUUAUUAAGUUACCAUCUAUAUCCAACUUACAGAAGUUUUUCUUUCUUUAACCUAUAUUUAUUAAACUUUAAAUCAUUUGGG